AUGUCUCGCCGGUUGUUUGUGCGCAACAUGAAUGGCGAAAUUUCGUCAACAUGGCGCGGUGGAGGCUCUGAGGCAAAUACGAUGGGCGUCAAUAUCGCUACGUUCGGCGCUACUGGUAUUUUAGGCAUGCACAUCCAUCACCUCUGCUGUUACCAUGGGUUCACUAGCAUUUUACCAUUUCGAUUUCGCGCAGGUCUUGCAAGUGGUGUACGUACUCUUCGUAUGGCCGGUGACGGAACUGUUGGUCAAAAUUUUGAUACUGACUAUGAAAUUGAUAAAGAGUUUGUAGUAAAAUCUAUAUUAGAAAAGGUAGAUAACGUUAUAAAUGUUGUAGGAGCUUGGCAGGAACCUACAGUAUAUGAAAAUAGCCAAUCAUGGUUCUCAAUGGAAGCAGUCAACGUAGAGUGGCCACGCAUGUUAGCGCGGUGGUGUCGAGAAAUGGGUAUUCUUCGCCUAACCCAUAUGUCUAUGGUGGGUGCGGAUCUUAACAGCCCAUCGAAGUUACUGAGACAAAAACGUGAAGCAGAACUUGCAGUUCUUGAGGAGUUUCCUACUGCUACUAUUAUUAGGGGAACAGACAUUUUUGCUGAGAACGACUUUAGCUACUCCAAAUACUUGAAGGCACAACGUUACUUAAAAAUUGUUCCAGUGCCAAACCAUGGUAGACGUAUUCAUCAGCCUGUAUUCGCUGGUGACCUGGCGGAAGCUGCAUGUCGCUCAAUUCUACUGGAUCACACUGAGGGACGUAUCGCUGAACUUGGUGGACCAGUGCGUUUUACAACAAACGACUUGUUGCGCUGGUGUUCAGAGUGUAAUGGGCAGCUACACCUCACGUGGCACAUGCCUACAUGGAUGUGGCGUAUCGGAUGCACACUAAAUGAGCGACUUCCAAUUCAUCAGGGUUUUGCUUUGGGUACGCGUCCACCGGCUUGGAACAAAGAUUGGCUUGACCGACAAUUUGUUGACAAUUGCGCCACUCCAGAGCGUGAUCCAGAGAUGUUAGACUGGGAGGAUUUUGGUAUUCCACGUGAGGAUCUGUACAGGAUGGAGGAAAAGUAUUUUAUCACAUCAGUGAUGUGGUCAAAGGACGCGCCAUACUUGGAUUUCGGUACACGUAUGUAG